AUGACCAUCCUCUUCCUCUUCCUCAUCCUCAUCAUCCUCGCCGAGAUUGCCCCAGUGCCGUCGCACGCCCGACGGCGCGUCUUUCUCGCCGCCAUCCUCGACGACCCGAUGGAGUGCAGCCGGGGCGAGCGUCUCGCCAUCACGCUCGCCAAGGACAGGAUCAACAGGAGCAGCAACCGCUCCACCACCGGCAAGCUGGAGGUGGACAUCUUCGAACUGCUGAGAGACAGCGAAUACGAGAUGGGGGAAACCAUGUGCCAGAUCAUGUCCAAAGGCGUGGUGGCGGUCCUCGGUCCCUCCGCCAGUCCGGCCUCCAACUCCAUCAUCAGCAACAUCUGCGGGGAGAAGGAGGUGCCCUACAUCAAGGUGGCCCCGGAGGACAUCCUGAAGGUUCAGUUCCCCCGGUUCACCACGCUGGACCUGAGGCCCACCAACACCGACAUCAGCCUGGCCGUGGCCGGCCUGCUCACCUUCUUCAACAGCACCACGGCGUGCCUCAUCUGUGCACAGGCUGACUGCUUACUGAACCUGGAGCAGCUCCUGAGGCAGUUCCUCAUCUCCAAGGAGACGCUGUCGGUGCGCAUGCUCGACGACAGCAACGACCCGACGCCGCUCCUCAAAGAGAUCCGGGACGACAAGACGGCCACCAUCAUCGUGGACGCCAACGCCACCAUGUCGCACGUCAUUUUGGAACGGGCGUCGGAGCUGGGGAUGCUGUCGGUCUACUACACCUACAUCUUCACAUCUCUGGAAUUCUCUCUACUCCGAUUGGACGACGUGGCGGACCAACGGGUCAACAUCAUCGGUUUCUCCGUCUUCAACAAGACUCAUCCCUUCUUCCAGGAUUUUGUGUUGAGCCUCAACCGCUCCUGGCAAGAGAACUGCGACCACAUACCCUUCGCCGGCACCCCGGGGCGGGACGGCAAAAACCGGCCCAACGGGGCAGGGCGGGAAGUGGGGGCCCCUUUGGAAUGA